UUAUAAGAGCAAAACAGAGAAAUUCUCAUAUUCAAAACACUGUUUAUUUUUAAUAGUUCUAAGACAUAUCGAAAUAUUAGUUAACGACUAUAAAAAACUACAAUUUAAGAGAAGAACCUUAAAAAAUGCCGAAUUUUAAUGGCGCCAUCAUUGUGCACACGCUAAACAUGAUCAAGACUCCGGCAACACUUCGGGAAAUUGUGGUGGCCAUUGCAAAGAAUACGGAAUUACCGCAGGAAGAUCUAAUGAAGCCCGUAAAGCAGACACUCGACAUGGGCCAUCGUCUGGGAUUUCUACAAAAAGUAAAUGGUAGAUACUUUUUGGUGGCGAUGACUUUUGAAACGCUCAUGUCCGAAAUUAAGUCUUUAAGUCAGCCCAUCACCAAUCGGAGUGAAGGAAUCGAUUUAAAGCCAGACGUAAAGCAAAAAAUCGAGAAGAGAACUUUAAAAAAGCAGCUUAAACAGCAGGAGACUACGAAGAAGAGCAUCCUUCAAAAGCAACUGCCAUCAACAGUUAAAGAUCAUGAAUCUACCACCACAUUGAUGCCAUCACAAUCCUUGUUGCCCCAAAAGGCAGAAGCCUUGUUAAGACGCAAGUCGAAGAGGUCAAGUCUGCCAACCAAAUAGCUAGAUCCAUCAUCCAUUUCUACACUCGAUGUUGGUAAUAUUUCUGACCUGGCCAAGCAAUCGAAAAUUUUCCGUUUGUUUCAGUUUUAUUUUUCCUUUUGUCUUUUGUUGGUAAAUAAAAGAGGAAAACUAUUUGAUUGAUAUGCUCAAAUAUCAAAACACAGUCACAAAUCU